CUGUAGAUAAACUUCCUAAUAUUUGUUCAAAAUUUCAUUGUUUAAUUGAAAAAAUUACAAAACCAACGUAUGCAUCAAAUACUACUACUAAGUACGCCGAUUUGGUAUACUUAAACUAUUGGUUAAAUUAUGAAUUACAUAAUAUAUAUGCCAGAGUUAAGGGUCCAAAAAACUUUCUUCGAAGUAUGAGAACUGUGGAUAUAGAAAAUAAAUUAUUGCGUGAAUUGAGUGAUUGUAUGUAUAAUAUUAAUGAUGAUGAUAUAGAAAAUAUGAAUGUCCUAUAUCGUUUAUACAAUAACUACAAUGAAAUGAAUAAAAUAAUCAAAACAUAUAUACCAAAUGAAGAAUCCUUUAUGAAAUACGCUAAUAAUUGGACUGAUAAAUACAAGGAAGUUGAAAAAAAAUGUCUUACUCCAUCGAAACCUUUUUGUAAAGCACUUUAUGCCUUCAAAAAAAAUAUGAUGAAAUUGAUUU